AAUACUGGCAAUUAUUGUUCUAUGAGAUGAGCUCUACAACGAAUGUUCACCUUAUAUUAUAAUUUAUUGGGAUAAGCUCUCCAUUAUUGUUCUAUAAGAUGAGCUCUAGAACGAAUGUCCUCCAUAUAUUAUAAUUUAUUACGAUAAGCUCUUCUUCAACGCAUCAACAAUGGCGGAGGAAAAGCAGAGAGAGCUUCGUGUGGUCAUGAUUCCGUGGCUUGCCCACGGUCACAUAACGCCCUUCGUUGAGCUUGCCAAAAGCCUGGCCAGUAAUGGUCUUAAAAUCUUCUUCGUCUCAACCCCGCUGAAUAUUAGACGAAUUAAGCCGCAAAUAUGCGACGCACCGGGGAUAGAGCUGGUGGAAUUGGCGAUGCCCUCCGUGGAAGGGCUGCCACCAGGUGUAGAAUCCACCGCAGAUGCUGCCAAGACAGGAGAAGCUCCACUCCUAAUACCUCUACUGAGAGCCGCCAUGGACCUUUUGGAGAAGCCCUUCGAAGCGCUGUUACAACAGCUGUCUCCAAACGUGGUUUUCCACGAUUUUGCACAACACUGGGUUCCUCGUGUGGCCAAUCCCAUUCCCGCCAUUUUCUUCUUCAUAAUGAGUAUAACCAGCUUCAGCUUUGGGGUAGGGCAGCUGGAGAUAUUACCUAGAAACCCAACUGCCCAGGAUCUGAUCGUCUCGCCACCCGGAUUCCCUUCACAGAUUAUUCAGCGCCGGUUAUUUGAAGCUGAGAGGUUCCUGAACCUAUAUCAGGAGCUCGCAGAUGGGCUUAGCAUUUCUGACCGCACCAAAAUCUGCUUAAGGGAGAGUUGGGCGAUCGCAUUCAAUACGUGUUUGGAGUUGGAAGGGGUGUACGUGGAGUAUUUGCAGAGGCUCAUGAAGCAGCCAGUUAUCCCUGUUGGAUUACUCAUGCCUAAACUCCCCUCACUCCCCGCUGAUGAUAUUUGCUUGAAGUGGCUCGACAGGCAGCCAGCUGCUUCAGUGGUGGUCUUGUCUUUUGGCAGCGAGUACGUUCUAACCCACCAAGAUCUCACCGCAAUUGCAAUGGGUCUGCUGGAGAGCAGCGUGUCUUUCCUCUGGGUUCUGCCUGCCGGAAACGAUUUGCUGCAAGGCUUCCAAGAUCAGAUCGGGGAGCGGAGCAAUUGGUGAGAUAAAUGAUGAAGAGGGGGUUCUGUUUUCAUGGCCCCAUCCUUUGUUUCGUCCACGGCAGUGGUUUCUGGGUGGAGGAUCACUUUCCUUUCUGGUUUGCCUAUGCCCUAGUGGAUCAGUUGGGGCCAGUUCUUCUGUUUUUGGCCUAUGUUUAGGGGCCUUUUGGUGCAUGGCCCAUUGUGUGGCCAUUGUUUCAAGGGAUUCUUGUGGGUUGCAUCCAUGCUUUUUGGGUGUGUUUCGAGUCUCCUGGGGUUGUGAUGCCUUGCUCUUGCGAUGGCAGUGGUGCUUUUCUGGUUUUUGCAUUCUCCUCGCUAUUGCUAUGAUAGGUUUGUGGGUUCCCCUGUCUGUAGUAGAUUGGGGUUGUUCAUUUUUGUUGGGAGCUUUUCUUGUUUGGUUUUUUGGGAAGAAGGGCUCUUUGGAUAGUUGCAGUUGCGGUGGUUUGUUUGGAUGGGAAGAUGUUGCCAUUGGAAUUUCCUCCACAUUCUUCUUGUCCAUGGUUUUAUAUACGAGUGAUAGUUUUCUUAAUA